GAGACUCGGUGGCGCGCCGCUCUCCAUCACAUUCUCACACAGAGCGACCGUGCCUUCAACACACCGCCGAGCAACAACGCUUUAUUUCAGCAUGAGCUAAUCUUAUUUCUCACUGCCUACCUCUUUAUCGAUUCUUAAUUCGCCCUCUUUAAAUGUCUGCUCUCGUUAGACGCGGAUGAUUUCGAGGAAACGCUGAUAUAAAAUAGUUGCGGUUAGGUCCGAAAUGGAUUUACAAGCGCUCAACGAUACAUCUGGGAUUUGGGCAUGCCUUCAGUUCCGCAACAGCUCGUUUCUGAACGGGACCUUAAACGGGAGCCUGGAGAUCCCUAACGGCACCUGCGGAGACGCGCUUCCGCUGCCCAAGACGGAACCGGCGCGACCCAAAGAAAUGGAUUCGCUGCGCAUACUGCUGUACUCUCUCAUAUUCCUGCUGAGUGUGUUUGGUAACCUGCUCAUCAUUGUGGUUUUGGUGGUGAAUAAGCGAAUGCGGACGGUGACCAACUCAUUCCUGCUCUCCCUGGCCAUUAGUGAUCUAAUGAUGGCUGUUUUCUGCAUGCCCUUCACUCUUAUUCCCAACCUGCUGGAGGAUUUCAUCUUUGGAGCUGCCAUGUGUAAGAUUGUGGCCUAUCUCAUGGGCAUCUCUGUUUGUAUAUCUACCUUCAGUCUGGUGGCUAUAGCCAUUGAGAGGUACAGUGCCAUUUGCAACCCGCUGAAGUCCCGGGCAUGGCAGACCCGAUCCCAUGCCUACAAAGUCAUUGCUUCUACCUGGGUCCUGUCCUUUCUUAUUAUGACACCCUAUCCCAUCUACAGCACACUGGUGAAGUUUACCAAGCCCAACAACAUUACAGCUCACAUGUGCCGCCAUGUUUGGUCAAGGAGCGAGGUGGAGCAAACCUGGUGCAUCCUGUUGCUAUUUGUUCUGUUCUUCAUUCCUGGAGUGGUGAUGAUCAUUGCUUAUGGGCUCAUUUCUCGAGAACUCUACCGUGGAAUACAAUUUGAAUUGGAGCAGAAGAAGGGACAGAGUGGAAUGAAAAAUGGUAUCAGCUCCACUGUCUUAUAUAGCAGCGAUGACGGAGAUGGCUGCUACAUCCAAGUGUCCAAAAAGCCCAGUUCAAUGGAGAUGUCAGUCCUCACCCCAACAGGCUCUGCAAAGGUGGACCGACCCCGUAGCAACACUUCCGAGGCUAAACUAAUGGCCAAGAAGCGAGUGAUCCGUAUGCUCAUUGUCAUCGUGGCCAUGUUCUUCAUCUGCUGGAUGCCGCUGUACUCAGUCAACACCUGGAAAGCAUUCGACCUUCCCUCGGCCCACAGGGCUCUUUCUGGAGCCCCCAUCUCGUUCAUCCACCUGCUGUCCUACACGUCUGCCUGUGUCAACCCAAUCAUCUACUGCUUUAUGAACAAGCGCUUUCGAAAGGCGCUUCUCGCCACCUUCUCCUGCUGCUGCUGGCCCUGCCGCAGAAGAGGCUUCAGGGAAGGGGAAGAUGAGGUAACUGCCACCGGAGCAUCCAUGUCAAGGUUCAACUACACCACUGUCAGCACAAUGGGACCAUGCUGAUUUUUACAAGAUGGAGUAGAAAUGGGGUGGAUAUUAGCAUAUUGUAAGGGUUUACUUUUGGCAGAAGACUUAGAUUGUUUACCACAUACCACUUCAACAUCGGCAAUUGCUUUAUGAUCCAUGGUUGCUCAUGUUGUUACAUAUUCACUAGAGACUUGUAUAAAAUGUAUAUAAGUAAGGUAGUGUCCGAACAACUUGGUAGGGAAGGUCAACAACCACCAACCUCAAGGUUUGUCAUCCUCACUCAACAACAGAAACCCUUAACAUACAAUAAGACACCAAACGACUGCCUGUACAAUUUCUUUCUGACUGAAUUGAUUUUGGUGUAGAAGAACCACUGAAAAAUCAUUUUGACCAUGCAUACCGUUCUGCUUUUAAGGUAAAGUUUGUGGUGUAGAGAUUGCUGAAGAAAAGCGUGGAUCAAAUGCAAGCAGAAUAAUAUCUCUUCGGGAAGAAAAGAAGCUCAGUGGUUGCCUUUAUCGACUGAACGAUAAUGUUGAACUUGCUAGAUCAGUGCCAGCAAGACCAUCAACUCAGCAGGAAGCAGAGUUUCUAGAGCCGUUAGUGCUUACUGAGAAACUACAUUAACUGACUUGCUCAAACAACUACGUCAAUGUCUGAAAAUGGCUAGUCGAAUGCCAGCCUUACAUUUUAUGUUAAGGUUUUUCCUUUUGUUGUAGAUUUAAGUGCCUGUAUAGUGUUUUAUAUUUUCUGAGGUCAAGAAACAUCGGGAGAGAUUUUAUUCAUAAGUUCAGAACUCUGAAACACUGACAUAUAGCAGCUUUCCAAAGUUAAUGAUGAUGGUCUGUUGCUAGACAGGACAAUGAUUUUGGCAGUUGGCUUCAUCUUAAUGUUUUAUUGGACUGAAGACGUUUUGUUUUGUUUUUGAAGUGGUCCUUUGUGGCCUUCACAGUCUGUGGCUGUAAGUGAGAUCUACUAAAUGAGAAAAUGAUUUUAUUGUGGUGAACUCAUGGCAAUCUGUCAUAAUCUCACAUUCUGAUUAAUGACUGAAUGACUAUAAGUGUAUUACGGUUCUUCUAGUUAUUCAUCAGCAAACAACAGCAAAGAACACUUAAACCUGAUUUGUGAUUGUUUUGUCCUUCUGUUAGAAAAGAAAAUGUUAUUUGAGGCAGGUUAGAGAGUGAAGCUUAAUUAAAUGUCAGAUAUUUUUCCGUGGGACUCAUGGGAAUUCAGACUUGGUGACUGUAAAAUAUUGCCAGCCACUAAAAUUGAAAAUGUCAGUGUAAUGGCUGACUUUAAGUAUAAAGUGCUGCCAAAGUGACAACCUGGAGUGAUGAGUUCAAUGCACUUUUGCAGCCACUUUGAUUUUAAUUACUUUUUUUUUUUUAAAUCAAGCUGAAACUCCAAAAUCUAAACUUAAGUACAAAGUUAUGAGAAUUGGAAUACACACA